AUGAUUGACGGGGGCGUCGCGCACUCAGCACCUCCAGCUGACUCAGGCCAUGCUGCUGCUCCCGCUGAAGGACCUGCUCCAGUGCAAGCAGAGGUGCGCCAUGGCAACGCUCCAGGGCACCACAACGGCCCUCCGAGCGAGAAAAGCUCAAGCCCAGGACGGAUGACACCGCGGCCCACCUUCUUGGAGAACCUUGCCGACUCUCGAGAGUCUCAGUUUAUGUUCAGCCGCCGCGACUCUGAUGACCUGGAUCGUUACUUUCACGGCCCAAGAGACCUGGACAAGCACUCAAAAUGGCCUAUCAUGCUCCGAAUGCACGGCAGCAUCAUGCCGAAACUGAUCCUUCCCAUUGCCUUCGUCGCCGGUUGGUCGACCUGUAUAACCUGCAUUUGCCGUUUCGUUUAUGACAUUUCUGUUGAUAAUAUCCUCCUCACCGUGCUGGGUUUCGUCGUUGGUCUGUCUCUUUCAUUCCGAAGCUCCACUGCCUAUGAAAGAUGGGCGGACGGCCGGAAGUAUUGGUCGUUGCUUGUUCAGACGUCUCGCAACUUGUCUCGCACCAUCUGGAUCAACACAACCGAACGGGAAGGUGAACUAGGAAAGGAGGACUUGCUGAGGAAGCUCACGGCUAUCAAUCUUAUCUUGGCCUUUGCAGUGGCUCUGAAGCACAAGCUGCGUUUCGAACCCGAUGUUGCAUACGAAGAUCUAGCUGGUCUCGUCGGAUAUCUCGACACCUUCGCCAAGGAUGCUCACGAUCGCCAGGUUAUCCAGCCGCGGAGAAGGACGAUCUGGAAGGCAGCUGGCGAGUACCUCGGCGUGUCAUUCGCGGAGUCGAACCCUAGGAAGCUCAUCAAGCGAUCCAAAAAACCCCUUGGGCACCUCCCUCUAGAGAUUCUGAACCACAUCUCAGCCUACAUCGACUCGGUCAUCAGGAACGAAACCCUCAACAUCAGUCUCCACCAGUCUCAAGCUAUCGCCUGCCUUGCUCAGCUAAACGAGGUUGUCACCGGCACCGAACGUGUCCUUGACACCCCCCUCCCAGUCGCAUACAGCAUCGCCAUCGCGCAAAUCGCCUGGAUCUACGUCCUUGUCCUCCCAUUCCAGCUCUAUGACUCUCUCGGCUGGGUCACCAUUCCUGGCUCCAUCGUCGCCGCGUACAUCAUUCUCGGCCUCGCAACCAUCGGCAGCGAAAUUGAGAACCCGUUCGGCCACGACGUUAAUGAUCUCCCCCUCGACACCUACUGCAGACAGAUUGCCCUUGAGCUGGACAUUGUCACUGCCAUUCCGCCGCCAAGCGUUGACGACUUUACCUCCCGCGAAGACAACUAUGUCCUGUACCCGCUUAGCACGUCCGGUCAGCCUGAUUGGAAGGAACGCAGUGUUGAGGAUAUUCGCGCUGCGCUGCGUGCGAAGGUCGUUGCUAACACUUCUUCUGCGGCGUCGAAUGCCUCGACGGUGCUGGAGGAGGUGAACACGAAGCUGAGCAAGCAGCCGUCGUCGGUAUAA